AUAUCACACCGAAAAAUCGAAUUUUAUUUCGGGGUCAGAAAAAAAGUAUCGUCUGCUUUUUAUUAUCAUUAUAGUUCUCGUUUUAUUCUUGCUUUUAUUCCACUGACAUACGUUAUUUUAUCUUUUAUUACAAUAAAUAUACUCGUGUAUAAAAAUUAUUAAUUGCUUGAGAAAACAAUAAGAUUUUAUUUAAAAAUUUUAAUUUUAAAAUUGAACAAUGGCAGCCCAGUGGAUACGUAAAGCUAUUACACCAAAAAUCGGCAAUGUAAGAUUAUACAGUGGUGGAUUGAAAAAAUGUACAUUGAUACCGGGAGAUGGAAUUGGACCUGAAAUUUCAGCAGCUGUACAAAAAAUAUUUGAUGCUGCUAAGGUACCAAUUGAAUGGGAAUCGGUAGACGUUACACCAGUAAAAGGUCCCGAUGGAAAAUUUGGAAUUCCUCCUGCUGCGAUCGAUUCAGUCAAUAAAAACAAAAUUGGUCUUAAAGGUCCUUUGAUGACUCCUAUCGGUAAAGGACAUCGGUCUCUUAAUUUAGCUUUAAGAAAAGAAUUUAAUUUAUAUGCCAAUGUAAGACCCUGUAGGUCAUUAGAAGGUUACAAAACACUUUAUGACAAUGUAGAUGUUGUAACUAUUCGUGAAAAUACAGAAGGUGAAUACUCUGGUAUUGAACACGAAAUAGUUGAUGGCGUUGUCCAGUCAAUAAAACUUAUUACUGAAGAAGCAUCACGUCGUGUUGCUGAAUUUGCUUUCCAGUAUGCCACUGAUAACAAUCGUAAAAAGGUUACAGCAGUCCACAAAGCAAAUAUAAUGCGUAUGUCAGAUGGUUUAUUUUUGCGUUGUUGCCGAGAAGCUGCGAAAAAAUUUCCCAACAUUAAAUUCGAAGAACGUUAUCUCGAUACCGUAUGUCUGAAUAUGGUACAAGACCCUUCUCAAUAUGAUGUACUAGUGAUGCCAAAUUUGUACGGUGACAUCUUGUCUGACAUGUGCGCUGGUCUUGUAGGAGGUUUAGGUCUUACACCUAGUGGUAACAUUGGACUAAAUGGCGCUUUAUUUGAGUCAGUUCAUGGUACUGCACCUGAUAUUGCCGGUCAGGAUAAAGCAAACCCCACUGCCUUGUUAUUAUCAGCAGUAAUGAUGCUCAAAUAUAUGGGCCUCAAUGAUCAUGCACGUAUUAUUGAACACUCUGCUUAUGAAACCAUAAAAGAAGCCAAAUUUUUGACCGGUGAUUUGGGUGGUAACGCCAAGUGUAGUGAGUACACCAAUGAAAUUUGCAAAAGAGUUAUGGCCCAAACUAAGUAAAUCAUUAUUAUUAUAAAUAAAAUAUAAUAAAGUUCGUGAGGAAAAUCGUGAGGCUUUCAAGUGAAAAGAAUAAUAAUUAUUUGUUUUUUUUUUCUUUCUUUUUUUCGUAUCGUUAUUCACCAAAUACUCGUAGAUAGACUGUGGUGAAAUAUCAUAUUUACCAUUGAUUUCAAAUUAAAGAAUUUAAUUGCAUCGCGUUUUUAUAAAUAGGUAUUUAUUUACAUUACGGUAUUAUUGAUUUUUUUUAUGAUCGUCAAACAAAAUUAAAACUAAAGAAUUAAAUAUUUUUAAUAUAUAAUUUUUUAAAUAAUAAUAAUAAUAAUCAUUAUUAUUAUUAUUGUUAUUAUUGUUGGGUAUUGUAAUAAUACCGUAAUGUGUUAAAAUUAUGUUUGCGUACGUCCAUUUAUAAUAAUAACAAUAUUGUAGUUAGUAAAGUGUAUGAUUAAUUUCUUAUAAUUUUAUUUAUUAUCGCUCAUCUAAGAACAAUAAAUACAAAAUAAAAAUAAAAUAAAUAGUCAUAUUGUUGAGUCU